GGGAUCGCUAGUCGUUCAUCGGGUCGCCGUUCUGCCUCCUUUCCCAGAGUGCUCUACGCGCCGCGGCCUUGUUCGCGCCUUCAGCCCGCUGAGGAGCCGCUGCCUCCACCACCGACGCCGCCAUGUCAGACUAUCCCGGAGCCCAGACCGGGAACCGCAAGGACGCCUUCGCUGACGCCGUGCAGAGAGCCCGCCAGAUCGCAGCAAAAAUUGGCGGUGAAGUCCCUGGUGGAGUGAAUAACACCCCAGAUUUCAACUUUGGUGGACAAAAGAGGCAGCUUGAAGAUGGAGACCAACCGGAGUGCAAGAAAAUGGCCACGCAAAGUGAACGUGGGCGGAGCCAUCUCUCAGAUACUUCCAUGGAAGACUUCCUUGAAAAUGAAGCGAUGUCCCAGCCACUUGCGCAAUCGUCCCUCCCUCCUCGGUCCGGUACAAUGACUGAAGAGUAUCGUGUGCCAGACGGCAUGGUGGGACUUAUCAUCGGCCGUGGUGGGGAACAGAUAAAUAAGAUCCAGCAAGAGUCGGGAUGUAAAGUUCAGAUUUCUCCAGACAGUGGAGGAUUACCAGACAGAAUUGUGUCGUUGACAGGCUCUCCAGAUUCAGUUCAAAAAGCCAAGAUGAUGCUUGAUGAAAUAGUUGCACGAGGUCGUGGGGGACCACCUGGCCAGUUCCAUGACAACUCUAAUGGACAGAAUGGAUCUUUACAAGAGAUCAUGAUCCCCGCUGGCAAAGCUGGGCUGAUUAUUGGCAAGGGCGGAGAAACCAUCAAACAGUUACAAGAACGUGCUGGGGUCAAAAUGAUCCUUAUACAAGAUGCCUCUCAGGGCACCAAUGUGGACAAGCCUCUCCGAAUUGUUGGCGAACCAUUCAAAGUGCAGCAAGCUUGUGAGAUGGUUAUGGAUCUUUUGAGAGAAAGAGAUCAAGGAAACUUUGGAGGAGGUGGGGGAGGAGGAGGAGGAGGCGGUGGUGGUGGAGGAGGUGGUGGUGGUGGUGGUGGAGGAGGAGGAGGAAAUGAAUAUGGGUCCAGAGGAGGAAUAGAUGUAAGUACCCAGGUACCUGUCCCACGGCAUUCGGUGGGGGUGGUGAUUGGACGCAACGGUGAGAUGAUUAAGAAGAUUCAGAAUGAUGCUGGUGUCAGGAUACAGUUUAAACAAGAUGAUGGGACAGGUCCCGAUAAGAUAGCACACAUCAUGGGUCCACCAGACCGGUGUGACCAUGCAGCCAGGAUUAUUGGGGACUUGCUGCAGAGUUUGAGGAGUGGUCCACCUGGACCCCAAGGCCCAGGCAUGCAACAAGGUGGCAGAGGAAGGGGCAGGGGGCAAGGACCAUGGGGACCACCUGGUGGUGAAAUGACAUUCUCUAUUCCCACUCAUAAAUGUGGCCUGGUAAUUGGCAGAGGUGGGGAGAAUGUCAAGGCAAUUAACCAGCAGACGGGAGCAUUUGUGGAGAUUUCCCGACAGCCGCCACCGAACGGUGACCCCAACUUUAAAAUGUUCAUUAUCCGUGGCGGACCACAACAGAUUGACCAUGCCAAACAGCUAAUUGAAGAAAAAAUUGAGGGCCCCCUUUGUCCGAUUGGGCCUGGCCCUCCCGGUCCUGGUCCAGCUGGACCCAUGGGACCAUUCAACCCUGGCCCUUACCCACCCGGACCUCCAGGGGGAGCUCCUCCACAUCCGGGUCCUCCACCACCACCUCCUCCACACCAAUAUCCUCCACAAGGUUGGGGAGGCCAGUAUCCCCAAUGGGGGCAGCCGCCAGCUCCUCACGACCCCAUCCACAAUCCAUCUCCUGAUAGAAACGACGCGCAUGCUCAGUUUGCAAAACCCCCAGCCCCCACAGACCCCAGUGCAGCCUGGGCUGCUUAUUACUCGCACUAUUACCAGCAGCCUCCUGCCCCCGUCCCUGGACAGCCUCCUGCUGUCCCCGUCCCACCACCACAAGGAGAACCACCCCAGCAGCCCCCACCUGCCAGCCAGCCUGACUACACGAAGGCCUGGGAAGAGUACUACAAGAAAAUGGGUCAGCAGACACCUCAACCUGCAGGACAGCCAGACUAUACAAAAGCAUGGGAGGAAUAUUACAAGAAACAAGCUCAAGCAGCAGCUGCCGUAACUGGUGCUCCAGCCGCAACGGCUGUAGCCGCCACCGCCACAGCAGCAGCAGCCGCCGUCCCGCCUGCAGUCCAGCCAGACUAUAGUGCGGCAUGGGCAGAGUAUUACAGACAGCAAGCAGCCUACUAUGGAACACCAGGAGCCCCACCCACACAACCUCCUCCAGCACAGCCAGGGCCACAGACCCAGUGAAUGUCACUUUCCGUCACUCGUUGCCAGUCUGGAGAUGACAGCCUCUGCUGCUGACCUCAAUGAGGGGAGAAGCUGUUUAUAAAGUCCUCUAGUUGUAUUUUAUUUUUUUUUGUUUUUUUUUUAGGUUCUUUCCCCCCCUUCCCCCACCCCUCCGUCCCUCUUCCCCUCCCAGUUUUGUUUCCCAUCUACAAAACGCAAUGUAAUCCUGGCCAUUUGGAGGCUGUUUAGUGAGGGCUGGGUGUAGAACUUAGGACUAAUCUGAGAUCUUCUUGCCCUUCACUUCUCAUCACCCCAAAAAAAAAUACACGGUUUUAUUCACUGGAACAGCCCGUGAGUAAUUAAAUUUUUAUUUUGUUUUUCUUUUUUUUUAUGUAAAAAAGGAUGACUUCCCUUUUGUCCCUGUGCUUUUAGUUGGUUGAACAUUCCCUGUCGACACCCCCCCAUGCUGUGUGCUGGGCUCUCCCCAUCUGCAGUCGGGGCCUCGUGAAGUACGCCGGUCACUCCCAGACCCGGGAGGAAGGGGAGGGGGGUUGUGAUGUGUUCGUCUUUUCAGAGACAUGAAAACUGUACGCUGAGUUUUUACUUUUUAUUGCCUGUUUUUAACUUCACAAUAAACAAUGACAAAACUCUCCCGA